AUGAGUCUCGGCAUUAUCAAAGCUUUGUGGACAGUUUGCAUGCGAUGUCGCGACCCUGUCUUCACGCGACGUGCGUUGAGCAUCUUGUGGGACUGCCGUCGUCGAGAAGGUGUCUGGUCCUCACCCAUCACCGCACUGGUUGUGGAGAGGAUCAUGCACAUGGAAGAGGAGGCUGCGAGACGCUGUCUUUCGGCCACAGAUGGGUCGGACGUUCACUUGCACCACGCGAGCCAGGUUCUGGAACACGUUCGCAUCAGGCGUCUUGAUCCGACAUUUGGCCCUGGUCGGCAAGCCAAGAUUCGAUACACCAAGAGCGUGGGUGGCAGUCCACACUUCAAUCCCGACGCAUCUGAUGCCGUGACCGUGGAAGAGGUGAUCAGGUGGUAG